GUUUCGACCGCCGCCGGUUGUUAUUUUUUUCGAUUUCGGUAUUAUUAUUUUGAUUGUGAUUUUGAUUUUAUAUGAGAGCAUAAUACUCAUACCAGUCCAAAUUCUACAUUCGGCCAAUAUUAAGGCCUAAGGCUAAACCAAUAACUAUGUCAGAUACACAGUUUUCUUUAUCCUGGGAGCAACACAUGCAACAUAUAAAUUAUGGCCUAAAUAAAUAUUUAAAGACUGGAGAGUUUGUGGACAUGACACUAGCAGUAGAUGGCUACUUUGUAAAGGUUCACCAAAUGAUCCUGUCACUAGUCAGCCCAUACAUCAAAGACAUCAUCAAGUCAUUGAAAUGUACACAUCCUGUUAUAUUUUUGAAUAAUGUAUCCUACCAUACUUUAUGCUCAAUAUUGGACUAUGUGUAUAAAGGAGAAGUUCAAGUAUCCAAGGAACACCUGGAGGAUCUUAUCCAGGCCGGGAAGCAGCUGCAAAUCAAAGGACUCCAGGAAAUUAAUCAUUACACAAUGUCUUCAAACGUGCGAGCGAACGAAAAUGUGCCACCAAAUGAAAAUGUGCAACAAACACUUAACAAAAGCCCAAGAAUAAAGAAAGUCAAACAAGAUGUUUUAAAAGAAAACGAGCAGCAAGUAUAUGUCAUGGACACAGAAACAGACUAUGAUACAAAGUAUAACAAAGAUUAUGUAUUACAUGUACAAGACGAAACACAUUAUACAAAUACCACAGAGGAUGAGAAAAUCACUUGUAUAAGUGCACAGAGCCUCACCAAGGAAGAGUUUGACAAUGGAAACAAGAGCAUUAGUGCUCAAAAUAGCAAAGGCACAGCUACUCCAUACUUUACGACAUCAAAAAUGGGUUCGCUCCAGCUGGUAUUGGACAAAUACAUGUAUUAUCUGCGAUACACCAGCAAUAGCGCCUCACGCCACUCGCAGUGGAAAUGCCUCAACUACUCCAAUACUAAGUGCCCCGCGUUCGUCAUCACUAGACACGACCGGGUUAUACAAAGUGUAGCAACCCACUCUCAUCCAACGCACGAGUUGCAAAUAGCAAAGAAGAUCGGAUCAGGUGAACUGUAUUCAACUAUGAAGGGUGCCGAGGUCCAUGCGCAAACCAAGAAUGCAAGAAACUUGAUACAGAAUAAAAGAAAGUCAAGUCUACACCUACUAGCUACAUAGACAUUUGUUAUCAUAAAAUUAAAUUACAGGAUGCUAGGGACGCAUCACACACGUGUUUUGAUACGCUUUUCGAAUACUGUUUUCAGUAUGUCAAACUGAAUAAAGUAAUAAGUUGUUAACAAAAAUAUGCUGAGUCUCAGCCUUACCAUACUCCGUAGGUGCGCGAUGAUAUUAUUAAAACUAUUCUUUGGGAAGUAUCCCAAAUAGAAAAUUAUGAAAUAGUAAAAAUUUCAAAAAUUUUAAUUUUUAUACUUGGUAAUUUUUAUAGAGGAAGCCACAAAUAAGUGAAUAUGUAUUUUAUUCACUUGGUGAAAAAAAAUUGAUGACCUUGGGUAGCUCUUCAAUUUUUUAUCCUGCAAAACUGAGAGACCUUUAAACUUAAAUAUUUUGUUCAAAGAGAUAUAUAUUAAGCUUAAGUUCAAUAAAUAUACCUGUUUCAUAAUAAGGCUUCAAGAGAGCCUAUUUAUAAAACAGGGACCAGAA